AUGUGGUUCUUCGCCCGGGACCCUGUCCGGGACUUCCCGUUCGAGCUCAUCCCGGAGCCCGCCGAGGGCAGCCCGCCCGGGCUAUGGGCCCUGCAUCGCGGCCGCAAGAAGGCCACGGGCAGCCCAGUGUCCAUCUUUGUGUAUGACGUGAAGCCCGGGGCCGACGAGCAGACCCAGGUGGCCAAAGCUGCCUUCAAGCGCCUCAAAACCCUUCGACAUCCCAACAUCUUGGCCUACAUCGAUGGGCUGGAGACAGACAAAUGCCUCCACAUAGUAACAGAAGCCGUGACCCCGCUGGGAAUGUACCUCAAGGCACAAGUGGAGGCUGGUGGCCUGAAGGAGCUGGAGCUCUCCUGGGGGCUACACCAGAUUGUGAAAGCCCUCAGCUUCUUGGUCAACGACUGCAGCCUCAUCCACAACAACGUCUGCAUGGCGGCUGUGUUCGUGGACCGCGCAGGGGAGUGGAAGCUUGGGGGCCUGGACUACAUGUACUCAGCCCAGGGCGAUGGCGGUGGGCCGCCCCACAAGGGGUUCCCCGAACUUGAGCAGUACGACCCCCCAGAGGUGGCUGACGGCAGUGGCAGAGCGAUCGGGGAGAAGUGGUCAGCUGACAUGUGGCGCCUGGGCUGCCUCAUCUGGGAGGUCUUCAAUGGGCCCCUGCAGCGGGCAUCUGCCCUGCGCAACCCCGGGAAGAUCCCCAAAUCGCUGGUGCCCCACUACUGCGAGCUGGUUGGAGCCAACCCCAAGGUGCGCCCCAACCCGGCCCAUUUCCUGCAGAACUGCCGGGCACCUGGCGGCUUCAUGAACAACCGCUUCGUGGAGACCAACCUCUUCCUGGAAGAGAUUCAGAUCAAAGAGCCAGCUGAGAAGCAGAAGUUCUUCCAAGAGCUGAGCAAGAGCCUGGACGCAUUCCCUGAGGACUUCUGCCGGCACAAGGUGCUGCCCCAGCUGCUGACCGCCUUUGAGUUUGGUAGUGCCGGGGCCGUGGUCCUCACACCCCUCUUCAAGGUGGGCAAGUUCCUCAGCGCUGAGGAGUAUCAGCAGAAAAUCAUCCCUGUCGUGGUAAAGAUGUUCUCAUCCACCGACAGGGCCAUGCGCAUCCGCCUCCUACAGCAGAUGGAGCAGUUCAUCCAGUACCUCGAUGAGCCAACCGUCAACAGCCAGAUCUUCCCCCAUGUCGUGCACGGCUUCCUGGAUACCAACCCUGCCAUUCGGGAGCAAACAGUCAAGUCCAUGCUGCUCCUGGCCCCAAAGCUGAAUGAGGCCAACCUCAACGUGGAGCUGAUGAAGCACUUCGCGCGGCUGCAGGCCAAGGAUGACCAGGGCCCCAUCCGCUGCAACACCACAGUCUGCCUGGGCAAGAUCGGCUCCUACCUCAGUGCCAACACCAGACACAGGGUCCUCACCUCUGCCUUCAGUCGGGCCACCAAGGACCCGUUUGCCCCGUCCCGAGUCGCGGGCGUCCUGGGCUUUGCUGCCACCCACAACCUCUACUCAAUGAGUGACUGUGCCCACAAGAUCCUGCCUGUGCUCUGCAGCCUCACCAUGGACCCCGAGAAAUCCGUGCGGGAUCAGACCUUCAAGGCCAUUCGGAGCUUCCUGUCCAAACUGGAGUCGGUGUCAGAUGAUCCCACCCAGCUGGCGGAAGUGGAGAAGGAUGUCCACGCGGCUUCCAGCCCUGGGAUGGGAGGAGCUGCCGCCAGCUGGGCAGGCUGGGCUGUGACGGGGGUCUCCUCACUUACCUCCAAGCUGAUUCGUGCACACCCCACGGCUGCCCCAGCCGAGACCAAUGCCCCCCAGCGGCCAAUGCCCGAGGGACUGCCUGCCCCAGCCCCCACCCCUGUCCCCGCUGCCCCCACCACAUCAGGCCACUGGGAGACACAGGAGGAGGACAGGGACACAGCAGAGGAUGGCAGCUCUGCCGACAAAUGGGAUGACGAAGACUGGGGCAGCUUGGAGCAGGAGGCCACGUCAGUGCUGGCCCAGCAGGAUGAGUGGAGCACCGGGGGCCAGGCAGGCCGGGCUGGGCAGGCGGCCAACACUGACCACAAAUCCCCAGAUUCGGACUGGAGCAACUGGGAGGCUGAGGGCUCUUGGGAGCAGGGCUGGCAGGAGCCGAGUGCCCCAGAACCACCCCCUGAGGGUACACGGCUGGCCAGCGAGUAUAACUGGGGUGCCCCAGAACCCAGCGACAAGGGUGACCCAUUCGCUGGCCUGACUACGCGUCGGGAGAUGGGUGCCCAGCUGAGGCUGGACUCCUGGGGUGACCACAACUGGGAGGCCCUGGACACUGACCGACAGGCCAAGGCGGAGCUGGCUCGGAAGAAGCGUGAGGAGCGGCGGCGGGAGAUGGAGGCCAAACGCGCAGAGAGGAAGGUGGCCAAGGGCCCCAUGAAGCUGGGCGCCCGGAAGUUGGACUGAACCGCUGGUGUGGGCCGUCCCUGGCCGCCUCGGAGAGCAGGCCCCGCGGGUGUAUUUAUUGUACAAACCAUGUGAGCCCGGCCCCGGCCAGGCACAUCCUGAGUGUACAUAAUCAGAGCCACAAUAAAUUCUAUUUCACA